AUGUUAUUCAAAUCUGCUAUCUCUUUACUAGCCCUUACUGGGUCCAUUGCCUCCGCUGAAUACAGUAACGUCACUUCUGCAGAGUCAUCAACCCCGGUGACAACCACAUUAACUCCUACAUACUCUCUAUCUGACAGAGUCACCACAUACUCCUACGCUGAUGAAACUACCACCCUUCUAAUCACUUCCACGGUCUAUGACACCAUCUGGUACACUCCUUCUGCCUCGUCACAUUACACUUCCGUUAAUGCUGACGCGAAACAACUAUCUUCUAGUGCCACAGAGUACGAAACCACCUACACCGACGCUUCUACAACUUACACUUCAACGAUCACAUCCUACAUCAUCGUCACCCUCGAGGACUCCGCCACUUCCACUGCCACUCCAACCGUUAGCACCUCUUACUCUACUUACGAAACCACGUAUGCCGACGCUUCCACGACUUACACGUCAACCAUUACCUCUACUAUCCUCGUUACUGUACAAGAAGACAACGUCACACCUGCUGCUGCUGAGACUACUACAAAGGUGACUCAAAGGGUUACCCUUGACACUACGGUUUCUACUGCUGCUGCUGAUAACUGUGUUCCAAGCACCCAGUAUGUCACAGUCACCGCCGACCCAGUGACUUCCUACAUUACAGAAGCCUCUAUAACGUUCACAGAAUACGUUACUGAAACUCAAGCUGUGACUACCGAAUAUGUGACUGAAUCUGCAGGUGCUUCCACCACCGUUUCUGGUGCUAAUUCCACCGUUUUAGCCGCAACAAACGGUACAAACUACAACUAG